CCAAAUCGGCCUUCGAGAACUCAAGACUUUCGCCCCCUUUCCCUACACGCCCCCAUCAGACCAUCACGAGAACGGGUGGCCCCGAGCUACCCCUUUGAGCUUCAGUUCAAGUCUUUCGUGACCAAUGCCGUCCGUACGAAUUUGCCCCCUCCGCCCUCUGACCGAGGCAACGUGAGUUAGGUAUAGAUAGUAUCCGCAUCGCGCGCUAUCUAGAUUACCACAACUUCACUACUCAGAGAGAGAGAAAGGGGAGAAAUAUGUCUGGAGGUAGACCCGCUCCAGUGAAAAGGUCCGAGAGUCAAGUCUCUCCUAAAUCACGGCAGACGGCCACAAGAUCCGACUACUUCACCAUCGAGAAGAAGGGUGGCCCAUCAUCUGGUGCCAACACGCCUCAGAGUAGCUCGCAGUCGAUCGCCUCGAGAUUCGAGUCAGCACAGCGAGCCGUAUUCGAUCCGAAGGGAAAGGGAAAGGGGAAGGAAGCUACCGAGAGCACCGGGGACGUAUGCGCUACAACGCCGGGCGAGACGGGCUCUAGUACGGGGAGUAGUGGGCCUCCAUCUAGGAAGGGAUCCGUCUCCUCGGUGACCUUCGCGCCUCCACGCAACCCGUUGCUACCCCAGGGUUUGAAGAAGCCCCAUGCUGGCAGUCGGAUUCGCGCGGCUUCACCGCCGCAUCGCAGGUCAUCUCCGAUCCCUCGGGCGAUUGUCGAGCUGGUCUCGAGUAAGACGGGGUCGGCGCAUCCACGCUCUCUGGCCUUGUGGUCGCAUGUCCGGAUGCCGCAUUGUCAUCUAGGUCAGGAUCGUCGAGCUAGUCUGGUUUUUGACUCGCGUGGCCUACACUAAACGGAGCGCCAUUCGUCAGCUUUGCGCCGUGCUACCCCGCUCACUAUACCCCCCGCCCCGUGUCCCUCAGCCAAGCGUGCGUGUACAUCGUUCUUGUAUCCCCAAAGCUCGAGGACGAACCGACGACGGCGCAGCACACUGGGCAUUAGU